AAUGCACGUCAUGAAUCAGGUAAAACUAAUCCAGUAGUAGCAGGUUUACUCAAUGAAGGUUCUCAAGAGAACAUUAGAUGCUAUGGACAAGAAGAGUCUGAGUAGAGUCUUUCAAUGUGCAUAGCUGUCUGUUGUAGCGAAUGCCCUGUUCUUUGUAGUAGUACCAGCAGAAAACACGUCAGUAGGAUCAACAAAUUGAUCCGGAAGGCUGGACAUGUUAUUGGUAGGGAAAGAAUUAUUGUCUUAAUCCGACUUUAACUGGGCAAUUUAAGUGCAUGUAAACAUGUCACUCUGAUUAAAAUCUGAGUUCCGAUUAAGACGCGCAGAUAAUGCGAUUGGAAAUUGAUUUUUUUCCUGGCGUGUAUACGCCGUAAUCGAACUGGACAACGCAUGUGCGCAACAGCUGCUGCACUGUUGUAUGAACCCGGAACAGAAUCAUUUAAGAAAGUCGUCUGCAGAAGAAGAACGUAAACAGAGCCGGUGGAAAAAACCACCUGAGGGAUAGCGCCAUAAUUAGAGCACACGUAUGAGAUUGUUUAUUUUAUGAUGUGAUAGAUCAACCGGAAACAGGGCCUUAUUAACCCGCUGAUGACACACAUAUCGCCCCCUAGUGUGGAGGAGGAGGAGGACAUGUUCCUGUCAGUUAUUCAAUUUUCUCCGUUGCAUGUGAACUGGGACAAGGACCUCAUUCAGAAAGUUGAGUUUUGAGCAUAGCUCGAUUAAGCUGCGCAUGUAAAAACCCACUGAGUGCGAGUUACAGGAGGACACUGGAUAAACUACUCUCCAUUAUAUUAUAGACAAUCCAUCACAUCCAUUACAUCAAACAUCAGAGGGGCAGAGGAGUUCAUCCAUCCACUGAUCCAGCUCUGCUCCCAUAGUCAACGCCACAGAACUUCUUUUAUAACAGCUUGUGAAUCAUUAAAGUCUAAUUGUUUUAUUUUCCAGGUAAAACAUUGGCCAAAUAAGCAGAACUAUACUAAAUAAAUAAAAAAGGCAUAAAGUGGCGCUUUUGUAAAGCCUUUUUUUUUUAUUUUACCUGUUAGAUGUCGAAGGGACGGCAACACAAAGCACCAACUGUGAGCAGAAAUAAGCGUUGGCCGAGUAUCAAUAACCUCAGGGCAGCAGCUCGGUGUGUGUGUGUGUGAGUGAGUGUGUGUGUGUGUGUGUGUGUGUGUGUGUGUGAGUGUGUGUGCUUCAUUCCUGUGUGGGUCAGUUGAUAACAGAGUUAAGUGUGUUGUGUGUCGUGGGGGGAAGGUGGUUUGGUUUGUGUCCUGGAAAAGGGCUGGAGGGGGGUGUGUGUGUUACUAGUAGCGGUAGCAGCAGAGGCGGGAGUUGGGAGUUCGUCGGCGGACGGACGGGGGGGGGUCAAAGAAGGAGCUAAUGGGCGUAUGUGUGAGCGAGGAAUGCGGAACCUCUGGCUGACUAGCGGCCGGCCAUGUGUUCCUGAGCAGCCUGUCUGUCCGCCCUCCCGCCUGCAGCCUAGAAGCACAUCCAGGCAGGAAAUGAGCAGACUACACACACACACACACACACACACACUGACAGACAGACACACACCUCACUGGAGCCAGCGGAGACACACAAGAGAGGCAGAAACACACUCCUCCCUCAAAAAAAAAAAAAAAAAAAAAAAAAGCCUGACAGUCACCUACUUCCUCCAGCUCUUUCUGAGGGAACUUCUCACACGCUCACCCUCCGGAAUACAAACCAGAACGGAUCUAAUAACCCUGGAUCAUUUGAAGGAUGAACUUUCUCCCCCGCGUCAUUUCGGAUAACAUGCUGGAUAUUAUUUCACCCGCAAGGAAUCCAAAGACGACGCGGACCCCCAACAUUCCCGUUCCUGUUUUGGCAAGCAGCUGGGGGGCAGACGAGGCUGUGAAUGCAUCACUUUGGAGCCUUCAGAAAUGAUUGUAGUGGACAACGGCAGCGAGGGGGACGACGGUUUGCUGCAGAGGGAAGGGUCCCAGCGGCGCUCGAGACGGCGCUUCAGGAGGGUCAACCCCCGGGGAGAGCGGGAACUAAUCACAGACGGCCAAGAACCCGCCGGCAACAACACGGAUUAUGUCAACAACCAGCUUCCUGCUGACCUCAAUAAGAUGCACCUAACAGACCACGCCCACCAGCAGGUGAUGCACAUGGCUCCCAGCCAAUCAGGAUGCAGCAUCGCCAGCGACUCGGGCAGCAGCAGCCUGUCAGACAUUUACCAGGCCACAGAGAGCGAGCUCGGGGACGUGGACCUGUCCGGGCUCCCGGAGGCAGCGGUGGACAGCGAGGAAGAGGAGGAGGAGGACGAGGACCUGGAGAGAGCUUCGGACGCUCUCCUGGGCCGGGACGUGGUCCGGGAGUGUCUGGAAAAAGACCCGGCCGACCGCAACGAUGACGACAUCGAGCAACUACUGGAGUUCAUGCACCAACUGCCGGCCUUCGCCAACAUGACCAUGUCCGUGCGGAGGGACCUGUGCACCGUCAUGGUGUUUGAGGUGGUGGAGCAGGCCAGCACCGUCAUCCUGCACGACAAAAAAGAGCUGGACCACUGGUAUGUGAUCCUGAACGGUGCAGUGGAGAUCAGCCACCCGGAGGGAAGAGUGGAGACUCUUUGCAUGGGCAACAGCUUCGGCAUCUCUCCCUCGCUGGACAAGCAGUACAUGAAUGGAGAAGUACGCACCAAGGGGGACGACUGCCAGUUCGUCUGCAUCGCCCAGGAGGACUACUGGCGCAUCCUCAACCAUGUGGAGAAGAACACGCACAAGGUGGAGGAGGAGGGCGAGAUCGUGAUGGUGAAGGAGCACCGCGAGCUGGACCGCAGCGGGACCCGGAAGGGGCACAUCGUCAUCAAGGGAACCCCCGAGCGUCUGAUCAUGCACCUGGUGGAGGAACCGUCCGUCGUGGACCCCACCUACAUCGAGGACUUCCUGCUGACCUACAGGACCUUCCUGUCCAGUCCAAUGGAAGUCGGGAAAAAACUGCUGGAGUGGUUCCAGAUGGACAACCUCCGGGACACGGUGACGAGAAUAGUGCUGCUCUGGGUCAACAACCACUUCAACGACUUUGAGGGUGAUCCAGCUAUGACGCGCUUCCUGGAGGAGUUCGAGAGACACCUCGAAGCCACAAAAAUGAAGGGCCACUUGAGGCUGCUGAACAUCGCGUGUGCAGCCAAGGCCAAGUGCAGGCAGAUCACUCUGCAGAAGGCGUCCAGGGACUCGCCGCUCUACUUCAGCGUGCAGGGCGGCAGCGAGAGAUCGUUCGGCAUCUUCGUCGAGUCGGUGGAGGAAGGAAGCAAAGCGGCAGAGGCCGGACUCAAACGUGGAGAUCAGAUCAUGGAGAUCAAUGGUCAGAACUUUGAGAACAUCUCCUUCUCCAAAGCCGUCGACAUCCUGAGGAACAACACGCAUCUAUCUCUCACCGUCAAAACCAACAUAUUUGUGUUCAAAGAGCUCCUCAGCAGGAUCGUCAACGAGAAGAAGAACGGCGGGCCUCACAUUCCCAAGAUCCAGGAGAAGAAAGGCUACCGCCUGUCCAUUCCCGACCUCCCCGGGGACAUGGAGUUCCCCACGGACCACAAGAGCACCCGGAAAAUGAAGGCCAACACCGUGUCCGGAGGACGAAACAAGAUCAGGAAGAUGCUGGAGAAGACGCGCUUCAGCAUUCUGCCGCCGAAACCCUUCAGUGACGGCGGCAUGGGUCAGUCGCAGGAUGACAGCAUCGUGGGAACCAAGCAGUGUCGUCACAGCGUGGCCAUCAUGCCCAUCCCGGGUAACCUGUCCUCCAGCAGCCCCGACCUGCUGCAGCCGGCCACCAGCGUCCUCGACUUCUCCAACCCUGCAGCCCUGGGAUUGUACUACAUCCCAGACCAGGUCAUCCGCGUGUUCAAGGCCGACCAGCAGAGCUGCUACAUCAUCAUCAGUAAGGACACUACCGCCAAAGACGUCGUCACCCACACUGUCAACGAGUUCGGCCUCACCGCCGCGCCCGAAACCUACUCCCUGUGCGAGGUGUCGGUGAGUCCGGAGGGAGUCAUCAAGCAGCGCCGCCUCCCCGACCAGCUCUCCAAGCUGGCCGACCGCAUCCAGCUCAACGGCAGGUACUACCUGAAAAACAACAUGGAGACGGAGACGCUGUGUUCAGACGAGGACGCCCAGGACCUCCUCAGAGAGAGUCAGAUCUCGCUGCUGCAGCUCAGCACCAUGGAGGUCGCUGCCCAGCUGUCCAUGAGAGACUUCGAGCUCUUCAGGAACAUCGAGUCCACAGAGUAUGUUGACGACUUGUUCAAGCUGGACUCCUCGGCUGGAAGCGGAAACUUGAAACAGUUCGAGGAGGUGAUAAACCAGGAGACUUUCUGGGUCGCCACCGAGAUCCUGAAGGAGCCCAACGCCCUGAAGAGGAUGAAGACCAUCAAGCACUUCAUCAAGAUCGCCCUGCACUGCAGAGAGUGCAAGAACUUCAACUCCAUGUUCGCUAUCAUCAGCGGGCUGAACUUGGCACCGGUGGCGCGACUGCGGAGCUCGUGGGAGAAAUUGCCCAGCAAGUACGAGAAGCUGUUCGGGGACCUGCAGGACGUCUUCGACCCGUCCAGGAACAUGGCCAAGUACCGCAACGCGCUGAGCAGCCAGAGCAUGCAGCCGCCCAUCAUCCCGCUGUUCCCGGUGGUCAAGAAGGACCUCACCUUCUUACAUGAAGGCAACGACUCCAGCGUCGACGGCCUCGUGAACUUCGAGAAGCUGAGGAUGAUCGCGAAGGAGAUCCGACACGUGGUGCGGUUGACCUCGGCCAACAUGGACCCCGCCCUCAUGUUCAGGCAGAGGAAGAAGAGGUGGAAGAGUUUAGGGUCUUUGAGUCAAGGCAGCACCAACUCCAACAUGCUGGACGUGCAGGGCGGAGCCCACAAGAAGCGAGUGCGUCGCAGCUCCCUGCUCAACGCCAAGAAGCUGUACGAAGACGCUCAGAUGGCCCGAAAGGUGAAGCAGUACCUGUCUAACCUCACGGUGGAGACGGACGAGGAGAAACACCAAAUCAUGUCCCUGCAGUGCGAGCCGUCCUACAACACCUUGUCUAAGAACCUGAAUGAGAGGCGGUCCACUAAGUCGGACAUGUCCCCAGUGUCUCUGCGUUCGACUCUGCCCACGGGGAAAACACAGAACCGGGUGUCACAAGUCCUUCAGGUCCAGGUCCCGCUGAACCCGCUACGGAAGAAGAGCACGGCCAAGGACAUCGGCUCAUCCAACUCCAACUCUCCCCAGGUUGUGAAGAAGCCUCCAGUGAACUCUUCGGAGGAUUGGAGCAACAAGAGGCCGUCUGACGACACCGUCUCCACCAUCUCGUCCCUUCACUCCAGCCCCACGGUGUCGCCUCAGGGCUCCCCACGCAAAGUGGGAGGUGUGGCCAAGUCCCAGAACUCCAGCCAGAUGAACUUGUCGGGAUCGUCGUCGUCGCUGACCAGCGACGCCAGCACAAAGGCCGGCACCAUCAGCCUGCGCAGCUACGGCAUAGGAUACCCGCUCCUGCCGGGCGGCGGGAAAGCAGACAACCUGUCGGACUCGAGCCACAGCGAGAUCUCCUCCCGCUCCAGUAUCUGCUCUGUUGACUCUGUUCCUGCUCCGGGCCUCGACGACAGAUGUAACAGCAGCACCAGGAGCUGUGCCACUACUGCCACUAUUCCUGCUACGAGUGCUACUUCGACUACUACUGCUUCUACUACAGCAGCUGCUCCUGUUGCCGAGAGCUCAGCGGCAAUGCAUGCACACCUAAACGCUGAUUACAACCAGCCCGGCACGAGUUCUUCAUCGUCAGCCCGAGGAUACGUAACGCGAGCCCCCGCCUUCACCACCUCCCUCUCCACGGAGGAGCUGACCCCGGACCACACCUCCCUGGACUCGGUGGCCGACAGCGGCCGCGGCAGCUGGACCUCCUGCUCCUCCAACUCCCACGACUCCUUCCAGAGCCUCCCGGCCUCCUCCUGCCGGCCCUGGGACCACGGCAUCCACGGCCACCCGCUCUCCCUGCCUCACACGCACCUGGGCGCCUUCAAGCACACGCAGCUGGCCCGGUCGAUAGCGGAGGUGGAGGCCGCCGCCCCCCCGGCGUGGGCGAGCGAGGACGCCGUCGCCGCCGCCGCCGCCGCCAAGCAGCCCACCAGAGACUCCAGCUCGGAGCUGCGGCAGAGCUGGGCGUCGUCCAGCUCGCUGUCGGACACGUACGAGGGGAAUUACGGGACGAUAAAGAGGCGAAACACCUCGGAGCACCCCUCCUCGCCGGCCAACGAGGACGGAGGGCAAAGCACAGACCCCGCCUACAAAACGGUGACGUCAAGCACAGAGAAAGGCCUCAUAGUGUACUGUGUCACCUCCCCCGCCAAGGAUGAGCGUUACCGUGCUCCCCCUCCCACCCCUCCAGGCUACCAGGGUCUGGCUCUGGGGGACCUCGGCCUCCCGGACGGAGGAUGCCUCCUCCCCCGGCCGCCUCACCUCAAACCCCCGGACUACAGCGUGGCCCUGCAGAGGAGCAAACUGCUGCAGAGCCCCGGGGCGGCCGGCGGUCUGGCCGAGGCCCGGAGGCUGGCCGGUACCCUGCACCACCACCAGGACGCCCGGACCGCCGCCUCCACGCAGGGUCACUCCAGACCCGCCAGCAUCUGCCUCCCGCCACAGGACCUGGCUGACAGCGAGGACGAUGAACAAGUGUCAGCGGUGUAGACGUCACUCACACACGGACCCACGGAGUCGAGUGGAUCAGGUUUUGGACUAAACUUAGCGACCUGCUCCUCCCACCUGUCCACCCUGGGAUCCUGUGACCUCUCUACACCUCCUCCUCUUCUUUCUGGAACUCACAUCAUCACCUCUUUUUUUUUUUCCCACCAAACAGAAGAAAAGAUUUUAAAAUUUCAGCCUUUUUAAAAAAGAAAAAAAAACUCUCGAACAAAAGCAGGAAGAGGCGACGGACGGCAAGAAAGAAAAAAAGACAAAUAAAAAAAUAAUAAAGAAGGAAAGAGUGACGAUGAGGUCAGUCUCCAUGGAAACGGACCACGCGUACCUCCAUUUUACACUCCACGCUCUCUUGUCUGAAAGUGUUUUCAUAUCGUUCUUACGAAUUAAGAAUAAUGUAAAGCGAUUUUACUAUUUCUUCUUUCUUUUUUCUUUUUUUUUUUUUUUUGCUUUCCUGUGAGAGGAGGAGCAGACAAAGGGAUAAGAAGUCGAAGCCGAGCGAAAUAAACACGAGCUUGAGAGGGAUUUUUAUUUAUUUUUAUUUUUAUUUUUUAUUUUUUUCGGCAGAUCAGCUCAACAUUUGAGAAUGUAAAAAAAAAAAAAAAAAAAGUGAGGUUUCUUUGCGUGGCACUGAUGACGUGAACUCACAGAAACGAACAGCAGAAUCAGAUCCAGACGAAUCAAAUGCACAAAGCGACCGACGCUUCUGACUCUGCACUGGAGGUGAAGACGAGGAGGAGGAGGAGGAGGAGGAGGAGGAGGAACAGGCUGUUUGUGUUUAGCACUUAUUGUACUUUGCUGAGCUCCUCCCCUCCAUCCUCCUCCUCCCCCCCCUCCUCCUCCUCCUCCCCCUCCUGUAUCUGACCUGAGGUACUUUUAGCAGCAUGCUGCCUCCUGGAUGUUCUGUAAAGAAACUGUAUUAUAUCUUGUUUUUUUUUUUUUUUUAAACGAGCUGAAGAACAAAUGCGUCGCUGCUUCCCGUACUUUAACCCCGCGUGUUGUUAACUGAGCACAGUGUGCGUGCACGUGCACUCACAAAGACUCACAAAGACACACAACACAACAGUGUUUACACCCACGCUCACAUGUUCUGUUUACAGCGUCUGUUAUAGACGAGUCGUCUAUCGAGGCUCAGAUUCUCCUAAAUGCUCCGUGUAAAUUUGUCCGUAAGGGAGCGGGAGCAGUUCUUCACAGCGUUUACCUCCUCAUCCUCCUCCGCCUCCUCCUCCACCUCCUCCGCCUCCUCCGCCCAUCUCCUCCAUCUUCUUCUUCUUAUUUAAAAGCAACAAAGCGAGUCGUGUACAUUUGAACGCCUGGCUCGCGUCUCUCUCCAUUCCAUGUUUCAUAGAGUAUUUUGUAGACUAUUUAAAGGCUUGAAAAUAAGUAUUUGUAUUGAGAUAUAUAUAAAAAAAAAAGAGAAAAGAAAAGGAAAGAAAAACCGAAGCAAAUUUGUACAUUCAGAAGGAAUGUAAUGUAAUGUAAUGUAAUAUCGGGCGGUGGUGUAACUGGAAGCUCUUCUCCUUCUCCUGCUGUUUAUCUGUGUGAUGCUUUUCUUUUGUUUUUGCCACAAAGACUUGAAUCGAUGCUAAUAUAUACGAGGCAUACAUACAUAUAUAUAUAUGAAUUCAUAUAUAUUUUUGUUGUUCCUUUUCCGUAAAUUAACUUGAUCGUGUAUAGAUGAGAGCAGAGAUCCCUCUAUAAAGGCUAUUUUUGAAUAUUUUGUUAUAGGAAAUAAUCCAAGGUUGUGAUUUCCCUCCUUCUGUUAUUAUUAUUUUUAUUAUUAUUAUUAUUAUUUUUUACAGGAGGCUUUAAAGUUCUUGUCAUUCCUGGUGACACGUCUCCUCCCCUCACUCCUCUCACUCGUCUCUGUUGUUGGUGCCAUUUCUGCUCCUUGUGUGUAAUCGCUGCUGUGUUUUGGGAUGUGGAUACAGUGUGUGUGUGUGUGUGUGUGUGUGUGUGUGUUUGUGACUUUUUAUUUGUGAGGUUUGGAUCAACAUUUAUUAAAAAAAAAAAAAAAAAAAAAACUCGUGGUGGCGAAGCAGGAGGAGACUCGGCUUUGAUUGCGUCGUCUGCAGCCGAGACGAGUUCAUUCAGACUAAAAGGAACGAUGGAUUUCACUCCACUGCUCCGGAGGUUUUUAUGAAUCGUGACCCUCGCCCCACUUUCUUUUUUUUUUUUUUUUUUUUUUGAAAAACUUAAAAUCUUGAAACGGACUGAGAGUCAGAAACUGACAGUGUCUCUUUUUAAUUUGCACAGCCGUGUUCCUCGGAUUCUUAAUCAGUAUUAACGUCGUUUUUCUCUUAGCUUCCAAUAGCUGCCCCCGCAGAUCCUGAACAUUUAACUUUUAGACUCUCGAACAACUCUAACUCCCUCCUGUGUGUCCAUGUUUUGGUGCUGUCGUCGUUUCUGCUUCCCAGAAAACUAAAGAAGAUAACUCCCCCUCUUCCUCCUCCUCCUCCUCCUCGUUUCCUGCCGUGUUAUUUGGAAUGCAAUAAGAGAGAUGUGAAUGUGUUCUCUUUUUUUUUUUUGUUUUUUUUUUUUUUUAUUUGUGGACAUCUUUUGGCAUUACAGCAGAAAUGCACAACAAUAAGCUUAAAUGUGGUGAGUGAGCUGCACAAUCUGUACAAAGAGGUAUUAACUUGGUCUGUGGCUUCAAGUUUUCGCUUUCGUCUCACACUCCUAGCUGUUGUAAACUUAUGUCUUUUAGAAAGACAACAUGAUUUUGCUUGUACGCUUUUUAUGUAUUUUUUACGAUUGUAAAUAAUUGUUAUAUUUUUCUUUAAGAGAAUGUUUAAAAAAAAAAAAGGAAAAAAUGCCUUUUAUUUCUCUGAAUCUACUGAUAUGAAUUUGGACAAUGAAUAAAAUGCAAAAAGAA